CCCGUUCUCGGUGUGAUGGAUAGAUCGGAGCUUGUCGACUAGUGCUAAGCUCGGCUCCCGUUGUUCUGCUAUUGCAUCUCGAUCUUAAAUGGAUGGAAGUAGUGCAACGUCGCCUUUAGGGCAGUCUACAGUUCCAAUAAUCGCAAACUGUGUACCAACAUUAUCAGCCGUGGAAUCGGUCAACAGUGCUCAAAAUCAAGAUUUCAGCGAUGCCACCUCAUUUGCAGAGAUUAAUUCCCCAAUGCUUCUCAUUAAUGAAUCUAGUACACCGAAGAAGAAACAAUCCUUCUCUCAAGAGGGUUCUUUGUACAAACCCCAGUGUGACGAGGAACUGAAGCCCAAAGUAGGGAUGAUAUUUGAUGACAUUGGCUCGGUACUAGAAUUUUACAGGACAUAUGCUCACAAUGUCGGAUUCGGUGUACGUCUCGGACAACAAAGGGUCGUCAAUAAUGUGCUUAAGUGGAAGAGCUCUUUUCAGUAAAAAAGUUUGUGUUCAUCUCUUUCUUAGUUCAGUUGUGGCAAAUGGCGUAUGAAGCUGGACAUAAGGACUUCCUCUCUUCUCAAUAUAUGAUGUUUGAUAUAUGUUUCUAACAAACUUAUUUAAUUGGUAUGCUUAACUAGGUGGAUUGAACUGAUGAAGUUUAUACAGAGUCGCCUUAAAAAAAGGUCUAUAUAGAAUCCAUGGAGGUGGUCGUCUAUUCCAGGAGAUGAAGCUCGAUUAGCAAGAGGCACUAAAAUAUAAGGCAAGAUCAUAGAUCUUUUCUAGCAUCCAUCAGUCCUUAAUACUUCGUUUUCCUGGAAAUGUACUAAAAAUGAUCUAUGUAUGCCUCUUGUGUUGUGUUCCCAUGUACUCGA